AUGGAGAACAUCAAGGAUUCUUCUUCCUGGUGUCUAGAUAGUCCUGAGAGGCUCCCAGUAUCUCAAUGGCUACAGACGACUCUAUCAGGUUUGGAAAAGAGAAUGAAAGCUAUGACGGACCUCUUGGAAGAAGAUAGCGAUUCUUCUCCACAGAAAGCCGACAUUUAUUACAGGAAGAGGACAGAGCUGAAGCAAAUGCUUGAGGAGGUUAUAGAAAGCUUUGCUGAUUCUAAACUCAAGGGCCUGUACUCCCGCUCGCAAUCACUAGAUGAAAAUUCCAUUCUUGAAUUCUACAGUGCAACCUCCAACCUUGAAAAUCUGAACACGCAAGCAGAUCAACCAGUGUCAACUGAAUCAUGUACAAUGAAUUCCAAACCAAAACUUGAACAUAGAAAUGAUAUAGUGGGAAAGGAGAACACUUGUGUCGUUGACGCAGAUACAAGUAUCAAGAUGAAUGAUUUUCAGGACAUUCAGGCUGCACAAGAAGCGUUCCCUGGAGGAAGCUAUGAGUCACAGAACACAUGGUCCGAACUAAACCACCAAUUUACAAAGCUCAUGGGAGAGAAUCUGCAGCAGCAAGCAGAAUUAGCGAAGAGAAAUAUUCAAAAGAAAGUUGACAUUAAAAGGCUUCAGCUAAAGGUGGAAUGCUUAAAAAUGAGAGAAUGCAGCCCUCCAGGACUGUCUCAUAUACUCAAAAGUUCAUGUGGAUCAAAACAAAUUGCAGAGAUCAAAAUUUGUGGGUAA